AUGGCCUGUAACUCCAAUAAGUGGCGCUUCUUCAUCGAGAGCUCAGACAUCGUGGCACACGACCAUAAGAGGGACUGGCCAUUGUGGACCGAGUUUAGUGUUUGGAAGAACAACGUCAAUUGGGAGCCAUUGCUGGAACCCAGAAAGGUGUCUGCGGCAAAAGCGGAUGUCGGUGUAGUCACACAAAAAAAAGGGGGCAUGGAGUGCAAGGAGUUCCCCAAGAAGCUCACUAGAAUGAAGAAAGCAGCGUGGAACAGCUUUAUCGCAGUGGUUUUUGGCUUCUUGGGGAAUCACAAAGCCGAAAACUAUGUAGAACUUGUUGAGACCUUGAUCAGUUCCAUUGUGGAAAAUAUUAAGGAUCGGAGUCAGAGUAUUCAUACUGAACAAAUGAAGUCCAACAUAGAACAACAGAAACAAGCCCAAAAAAUGAUCGAUAAUUCUGUGAAGAGAUUUCAACCAGCCAAGGUAGGGGAAACUGUGAUGGUUCCUGUUCCAUUAGUUGACCGCGGACGUGCAGAGUUUCCUAAUGUGAAGGCAGUUGUUUUUCAGGCAUUGGACAAUGGCACAUAUAAGCUUGGUACAAAACACGGCCUGCUUAAACAAGUGUACACUCGCAACCAAUUUACUCCAUGUCUAGAAAAAUUCCUUUCUCUUGAUGAUGUUGUACAGGAGCGGGAAGUAAGUCUGCGGGAAGUAGCAAUUGCAGAAUCAAUGGGACAAGAUCUGCGCGAGGGUAUGAAAGGCAGCAAUGGAACUACCACUUCAGACAGGUGCACGGAUUGCGAUUUGUGUCAACUCAACUUUUUCCUGCGCUACAGUGGGAAACUCAGGGAUCUGUUUAUCUUAAUUUUGUGA